CGCAAGACGACGAGCACGACGGCGCGGCAACAGCCGACGACGACGACGACGACGACAGCAGCAGCAGCGACGACGAUAUGGAGGAGAGCCAGCUGUUGAUGACGGAACUUCCGUCACCGUUGACGCCAAGUGCUGGUCGUGGCGGUACGACGUUGCUCCACCGUCCGGGCCACUACUACCACCUGCAUCAGCCACACCUGGCGAUACCGACGUCGCAGAACCAAGCGAUUCUCCAACACAACUCCGGCAGCACGGCGCCGCACUACGGUACCGACGGCACCGCCGGUCUGCCGGCCUACACGAUCAACCAGGGUGGUAUCUCGUCGCGGCAUCAGCUGCAUCCGCAUCAGGUGCAUCAGCGCGGCACCGCGACAACACACGGCCAGCUGGCCGCGAGCACCCACGUGUCCUCCCUGUAUCCGGAAAUUUUGGCACUUAUCUUCAGCUACCUGGACGUACGCGACAAGGGACGUGCCGCGCAAGUGUGCACCGCGUGGCGCGACGCUGCCUACUAUCGCUCAGUUUGGCGAGGGGUAGAAGCGCGGUUGCACCUUAGGAAACAAGCGCCAGCGUUAUUCGCCAGCCUGGUACGACGUGGCGUCAAGAAGGUACAGGUGCUGUCCUUGCGGCGUGGUCUCAGCGACGUGCUGAAGGGUGUACCGAAUCUCGAGGCGCUCAACCUGUCCGGUUGUUACAACAUCACCGACGUCGGUAUCACGAAUGCCUUUUGCCAGGAAUACCCGUCCCUCACCGAACUCAAUCUGUCGCUCUGCAAGCAGGUAACGGACGCUUCGCUCAGCAGAAUAGCACAAUACUUGAAGAAUCUCGAGCACCUUGAGCUGGGCGGAUGCUGCAACAUUACCAAUACUGGUUUGCUGUUGAUCGCAUGGGGCCUCAAGAAGCUUAAACGGCUGGACCUACGGAGUUGCUGGCACGUGUCUGACAUGGGUAUCGCACAUUUGGCUGGUUUGAAUCGCGAGACGGCGGACGGUAAUCUCGCCUUGGAACAUCUAAGUCUACAGGACUGCCAACGAUUGAGCGAUGAGGCACUCAGGCACGUGUCGCUUGGUCUCACUACCCUCAAGUCCAUUAAUCUGUCGUUCUGCGUCUGCAUCACCGACUCUGGCGUCAAACAUCUGGCCAGGAUGUCCAGUCUACGCGAGCUGAAUCUGCGCUCGUGCGACAACAUCUCCGACAUCGGUAUGGCAUAUCUGGCUGAGGGUGGCAGUCGUAUCACGUCACUGGACGUAUCGUUUUGCGACAAGAUCGGCGACCAGGCGCUCGUACACAUUUCGCAAGGUCUGUUCAAUCUCAAGUCACUAUCUUUGUCCGCUUGCCAGAUCAGCGACGAGGGUAUCUGCAAAAUCGCCAAGACGCUGCACGACCUCGAGACUCUCAAUAUUGGCCAGUGUAGUAGGCUCACUGAUCGAGGUCUGCACACCGUUGCCGAGAGCAUGAAGAACCUCAAGUGCAUCGACCUAUAUGGCUGCACCAAAAUCACCACCAGCGGCCUCGAGCGAAUUAUGAAGCUGCCGCAGCUCAGUACGUUAAAUCUUGGUCUGUGGCACGUGCGGUGAUGGCUUUUUCCGUGGCUAAGUGCACCACGUCGGGACGAACGCUGUCAACAUCAUCGUCAUCAUCGUCGUCACCGUCAACAUCACCGUCAUCGUCAUCGUCAUCAAGGCGACGACGAGUCCUCGCAGCGAUCCAAGGAUAACUUCGUCUUCGCGCGCAUGUUCCUGCUGCAGGCGGUAAGUCCGUUGUUAUCGCUCGGCACACGAAGUCACCCGAGCACCCUCGGCAUUGACAUCUGCGACGUUGUCGGCGAAUAACGUUUAGCUCGUUUUCUCCGCCCGAAACGGGAAUUCCCCUUUCUCAGGGGGAAGCAACCGCUCGUUCUCGAGGGGUACCGUUUCUCAAGCAAAUGGCAUUACAUCCCUUCGCGGAGAAAAAAAAAAGAAAAUAAAAAGAAAGAACGACUGUCUAGAGCACACAUACAUAUUACCGAUCGUGCUCGGUCGUCGCGCGUCGGUCGAAGACGAUGGCUAGAUUAAUUAAACGAUGGGUUCGACGAGAUUCAAACGCCUCGAUUCAACUUUCGACUCGAACGGCCCUCGAAAAUUUAGGAAAAAAA